AUGUACCGCCACGAACAAACCUACAAAAAUGAACUGGAUGCAUGGAAAUUAUACCACAAAACAGAGGCCCAAAUCCUCCAGCAGAUUUUGGACGCCUUUAACGAUACUUACACAAAGGCCCUCAAAGAUCGCAUGUGGGGAUACGGCAACACCAGCCCAUUUGACAUCAUUACCCAUCUAGUAACCAAAUACGGUAAAAUCACUGAGACUGAUCUCCUUGCCAAUCGUGAACUCCUAACCCAGCCUUGGACUCCACCCACGGACAUCGAGGAACUCUUCGAUAAUAUUGACACCUGCAUCGCUUUCUCAGUAGAAGGCGGAGAUGUCAUUAGUGACCGCAACGAUGUCAGCGCCGGAAUAGCCACUCUACAAGCCACGGGCCUAUUCAUUCAUCCCAUCCGAUAA